AUGAAGCAUCUCGCAAGCUCAGAGAAUAUGCCAACCCCAGCACAAGAUCGCGCACCGAGUCCGAGCGCCAUGCAACAGGAAAUCGUGGACAUGUGCGCCCAAGUGCUUGGGCGCCCAAUUACACGGAUGAGAACGAGCAAGUCUUUCGUCGCCCUAGGCGGCGAUUCUUUGCUCGCAAUUAAACUCAUGGCACACUGCCGUGAGGCUGGAUAUACUAUCAGUAUCGCCAAAAUUCUUCAAACUGCCAGCAUUGAGGAGCUGUCCAGGUCUGCCGAGUGUCAGCUAAUCUCUUCAUCUGGAGAGGGCCCGGUACCCGACCCCAACAGACCGGGCGAACCUAUUGCGACGUCCUUGUCACUGCUUAACAAUGAGCUUGUAUUGGAUCAAGUCAGAAACAUUACUGCAGAGCCAUUGGAAGAUAUACAAGAUAUUUUUCCGUGCUCGCGAACCCAAGAAGUCUUCCUCAUUUCGCAACACGCCAACCCGGAAAUGUAUCAAUGUGUCGUGGUCGCCGAGAUCAAGUGUAUGAAACCCGGCCUUUCGCUUAACGAUGACCGCCUUCAGAAUGCCUGGAUAUGUGUAGCUCAACGUCACCCGGCGCUCCGGACCGUAUUCAUCGAAAGCAUUCAAAGACCAGGCCAUUUCGAUCAAGUCAUCAUGAAACAUGAAGCUGUGCCGUUGGAGUGUCAAUUGAGCAGUGCCCAAUGCGAAGAGUCUGCCGAGGGCAUGUUUUCACGCCGUGUUUCGAUCUCAAAAGAAAAAGGCACGACAGGUAGAGCAACGAUUUUGAGACGCUCAGAAAAUUCCGCGGUUUUCCGACUUGAGGUCUCUCAUGCGCUGAUGGACGGCCAGUCUUUUGGCAUCAUUUUCCACGACUUUGCCCAGGCAUAUCUUCAGAACGAGCUGCCGAGCCCGACUGCCUUCUCAUACGAUUCAUUCGUGGCCUACCAAGAGGAAAUAGACCGAGAAAGUGUGCGCGCAUACUGGUCCAGCCAUCUCGCCGGUGCGCAGCCAACCAGAUUCCCGACCAACGGCAACCGCAAGUUGGAGGACCUCAAGACGCUUCGGUUUCGCAUUGAGCUAGACGCGGCUGCGCUGCAGAAAGUCUGCCUCGAAUAUGACGCCACAUCGGCCAAUCUCUGCCAGGUAGCCUGGGCGGUCGUGCUCGGCUCUUACACAGGCUCCAAGGAUGUCUGCUUCUCCUAUGUGAACUCUGGCCGCCACGCUCCACUGAGUAGUAUCGAGAAUGCAGUGGGCGCGUUUGUAGAUGUCAUGGUCUGCCGGAUGAAGCUCCCAGAAACAGCCAAGAUAUCCCAAAUGCUGUCCAAGGCGAAGCAGGAUGUUAUUCAGGGCCUGUCUCAUCCAGGUUCCUUACUAUUUGAAGAAAAGAAGCACGGCCACGGAGUAUCUGACUUACGAGGCAAUACCAUCAUCACCUUUCAAAUGGGAGUCAGAGAUGAAGAGUCGGCCGGCUCGGAUCUUCAGAUCGUAAUGCUGGAUGAGAUUACCGCUUCCGAUUACGAUAUUUCUCUCAAUAUCCAGCCUUGUCACGGAGGCCUUGACAUCCGACUCGACUAUUGGCUCUCGCGUAUAGACCAAGAGAUCAUCGAAAGCGUUGCCGAAAGCUUUCAGACGGCACUGGCUUGUAUGUGCAGUGAUGAUAUACCACUACGCGAUGUAAAUGUCGUUUGCACACAGGAGAUUGAACAGCUGCGCCGACGCAAUUCGUACACAGCUACCGAAAUUGGAAGUCUUUUACACGACAAGGUGGACGAGCAAGCCAGACUUUGCCCUGAUGCCUUGGCCGUGCAGGGCUGGGAUGGCGAGCUGACAUAUCGAGCUCUAAACGAGGAAGCUUCCAAGCUGGCCUCGUACCUUCAACACCUGGGUGCUCAACAAGAUAUCUUGAUCUGCACGUGUUUCGAAAAGUCUAAGUGGGCGGCAAUCUCGCAGCUCGCGGUACUCAAAUCGGGGGCUGCCGUAGUCCCUCUUGGCACUAAUCAACCGAUGAAGCGCCUGGAGAUGAUGAUCACAAAUACAGGUGCAGACAUUGUUCUGACCACAAGCAACUUUGCCAGCCGAUUUGUCACACUGUUCAAACAUGUGGUUGUUAUUGACGGUGCAUCUAUGGCGAAACUCCCCCUUGCCGCUACAGUGUCUUGCUCAGCAACCCCAGACAGCCUCGCCUAUGUUAUCUUCACCUCUGGUAGCACCGGUGUUCCGAAAGGCGUGAUGCUUACCCACGACAGUGUGAGUACCAGUCUCCGUCAUUCUGUGGAACGCUUGAAUCCAGGCCCGGAUACUCGCAUGCUGCAAUUUUCCGCCUACACAUUUGAUGCAGCCAUCUACGAGUUCUUCUUCACCUGGCACAUUGGUGCCUGUGUGUGCAUCGUGUCCGAACACGACCGUAUCAACCGACUUGAGCCUGCAAUGGGCGAGCUCAACGUGAACUGGGCGCUUUUGACGCCAACAAUGGCCGAAAUGAUUUCCCCUGGGCAGGUCCCCUCGUUGAAACAUCUCAUGUUGAUUGGGGAAGCAAUCAAGCCCGGUGUCCUUCAUCGAUGGAUCGACCACGUGGAGCUCUGGAAUGGCUAUGGGCCGUCUGAAUGCUCCAUCAUCUCUAGCUGCAAGCUACUCACACGCGAGUGCAAUACUACGAAUAUAGGGUUUCCUAUCACCGGUGCGUUCUGGGUGGUUGAUGCCACAAACCCCGAUCGUCUUGCACCUACGGGCGCCAUAGGAGAGUUGCUUAUCCAAGGCUCCCAUCUCGCCCGGGGUUAUCUGAACGAUGAGCAAAAGACCUCACAGGCUUUUGUACCUCCACCAGCCUGGGUAUCCAAGUACGCCUUUUCCGGUUCAACUCGCUAUUAUCGCACAGGUGAUUUGGUGCAGAGAAAUAAAGACGGAAGCAUCACAUUCGUUGGACGACGGGAUACUCAGGUCAAGCUGAGAGGCCAGCGCGUCGAGUUUGAGGAUAUUGAACAACAUCUCAAGGAUCACGAUGCAGUGGUUGAGGCUGCCAUUGUGCUAGCUGCUGAUGGACCAUGCCAAGGUCAACUUGUCGCAGUUGUUGCACUUGAAGCCUUUAUCUCGCAAGAAAUGCAUCCGAAGACACUGUCGCCUGUCGACCAACAGCAGAUCGCAAGAGCCAAACUCCAAACGGCCAUCUUAGGCGAUUGGCUCUCCGACAGAGUUCCCGAAUACAUGGUGCCGACAAUGUGGAUCCCGGUCACGAGCAGAUUGUUACAAACCGACUCUGGAAAGUUGGACCGUGUCAGGCUGGGACGCUGUGUCGAUUCGGUAGAUGUGAGUUGGGUCGAGGCCUUUGCAUCGGCCGGAGAGGAACUUACCCAAGAGCGCGAAGCAACAACGCUUCAGCUGCAGAUUAGAGACAUUUGGGCUGAGAUUCUACUUUUAUCUAUCCCUCAAGUUCCAAUCAACCGUCGGUCAUUUUUGAGCCUAGGUGGCGACUCCAUAUUGGCAAUGAAGGCAGUGUCUCGAGCGCGGACACAAGGCAUCACGUUGACCGUCCCCGACAUUCUGCAAAGUAAGUCGAUAGCUAAGCUGACUGAAAAGCUUGGAGUCCCCGAAGAGAAUUUUCUGAGCUACACAUCUGCAUCCAAGCCUUUUCCACUGUCACCAACUCAGAAAUGGUAUUUUGAUCGUGUCCAUCCUCUUGGCUCCGGCAUUCGGCAUGGCUAUUGUCGGAGCGUGUGUCUGCAAGCCAAUCAGAAACUAGCCGAGAAGCAUGUUUCUACUUCCUUCAGCACUCUUGUUUCUAUGCACCCAAUGUUGCGCGCUCGUUUUCUGGCCGACGCAGCCAAUGGAUGGCAGCAACAAGUCGUUGGACACAGUGACGACGCAUACGGCUUUGCAGUGAGCCAUCUAAACGGCUUUGAAGAGAUCCAUGACAUCGCGGAAUCCACAGAACAGGGCCUUAAUAUCGAGAAUGGGCCUGUUUUUUCCGUUCAGUUCAUGCAUCUUCAUGCAGGCAAGGAAGAGGGCAAACAGCUGUUGUUCAUUACAGGACACCAUCUGGUCAUGGACGAGAUCUCUCUCUGCAUCAUCAUUGAAGACCUAGAGAGACUUCUGUACCAAGACUCCACCGUGGCCUUGGUAGUUGAGCGUCCUUCCUUCCAGGCAUGGGUAGAGGGUAUCGCGAAAACAACGAAGGAAGAAGGGCCGGAGCCUACCUCGGCGUCUCUGACCCCUGGUCUCAAGCCUUUGAUGUCCAAGCUCGAUCUAGAGUUCGGAAGCCUGACAAGUAACGAGCCUGUGUACGAUGAAACCAAUACGAAAGUCUUGCAGUUCGACGAAUUUGACACCAUGGUGCUUCUUGGAAACGCCAAUCAGGCUUUGCGGACUGAACCAGUGGAACUGAUACUUGCUGCCCUGGUAAUGUCGUUUACCACCACGUUUCCAAGUCAGUGCAUUCCCGUACUGUUGGAAGGUUCCCGAGGGAGAAGCUUGAACCACGGUAGCAUAGACAAUUCGAAGACAGUUGGUUGCUUCACUACGACAAUGCCGCUUCGGUUCCCCGUUGCCAACAUGGAUGAUGCUGUAAAGAGUACUAAACAGAUCAAGAAUGCCCGAAGAAACACGAAAUUUCGCCGCUUGCACGACUCGCAAAACAGAAAUGCCAGGAAUUAUGAGACAAUUUCGAGCCUGAAUCGUGAAACGAUGGAAAUUUUCUUCAACUUUGAUGAUUCAAGCCAGCAGAUCCAAGAACAAAGCACACUCUUCAAACAACAGCUUCUGCCCAGACGCCAAAAGUUAUCCACAGGUGUUCAAAAGACACGACACUCCGAGAUUGAUGUUGACGCCACAAUUUUACAAAGUAGGCUUCAUGUCGCCUUUCAUUUCAACCACCGCAUGAACCACGGGAGUGACGUGGAGCGCUGGUCUUGCGAAUUUCCCAAGACCCUGCGUGCUUUAGUAGCGACCCUCCUAAAGACGCCCUCUAUGCUCACGUUGAGCGACUUUCCACUUGUCGAGUUAACUGACCAGAAGUUGAAAAUUCUCGAGGGACAAACUCUUCCCCGCGUCGGAGUGCAGCCUGAGAACGUCGAGGACAUGUAUCCCUGCACCCCCAUGCAGAACGGUAUAUUGAUGAGCCAGGCGCGGUCACCCGGGAUGUAUCAGACCCAAGUGGUGUGGCAAUUGCAAUCCCCAGACAGUCGCAUAAAUUUGGACGUGGAGCGUAUCAUGCAUGCUUACCAGACAUUGACGGAUCGCCAUCCAAUGCUGAGGACUAUCUUUGUGCCACGGACCUCCAAUGCCGGAGAUGGUGCUUUUGACCAGAUCGUUAUCCGACGAUAUAGGAUCAACGUUGUACAUCAGGUUUGCGAACAGGAUAGCGUCGAAGCCCUCUUGGCCACUAUGACCAAUCCUUCAGCCGUUGACUACGGGGACGGCCCCAACCACAAAUUCAUGGUGUAUUCGACUCCAUCUAAUCUCACUUAUGGCCACCUCGUUAUCAACCACGCCCUCUCUGAUGGAUUCUCACUCUCUUUGCUGGAAAAGGAGCUCACGGAGGCAUACGAAGGGACACUCACGCCCGACAGCAAAGCGCCUCCCUACAGCGCAUAUCUGUCGUUCCUCAAGCAAAGAAGCACAAAAGAAGCUUUACAAUACUGGAUCAACAAUCUGGAGAGUGCUGAGGCCUGCUUUCUACCUGCUAUGGUGGAGCGAAAGAUACAAAACGAAAGCGAAACGGACAUUGUCAGCCUCCCGGCACCUUCUCGCAGACAAUCGACAACAGCAAGCCUCGAGGGCGUGGAGUCACUCCGGAAAUUCAGCGAGAAGCACUCAGUAACCAUGGCAAAUGUCUUCCAGCUCGCCUGGGCCCUGGUAUUGUCCAAGUUUGUCAGAUCUGACGAUGUUUUGUUUGGCUACGUGUCGAGUGGCAGGGACGUGCCCGUGCAUGAAGCACAUCAAAUCUUUGGUCCCUUUGUCAACAUACUAGUGAGCCGGAUCAAACUGGACUGGGAUUCUAGCAUUGCAGAAAGUUUGCAGAGCGUUCAGAAACGGUUCUUUGAGAAUCUUGGCCAACAGCGCACUCCGUUGGUGGAUAUCUGGCACGCCCUCAAGACCGGCGGCCGCGGGUUGUUCAACACCUAUCUCUCCUACAGGCAACUCAGUUCUGCCGACGGCCAACGAAGUGGUCUCUUUCAACAUACUAUUGCAAUUUUAGGUGAUAGUGAGUACGAUGCAGGUGUCGACAUUGUGGCAUCGAGCAACAAGGUUUCAGUGACGCUGGACUAUCUACCGUCCUUUAUGGGCCACGACGCAGCGACCCGCAUUGUUGAUUGCCUACUGCAGACUGUUCAGUCUUUGACACAGAGCGAGGCCUUUUUGCUUCGCAACGUGACCACAACGACGGGUCAGGAUAUCCGUCAGAUCUGCCAAUGGAACAGUGAGGUUCCCUUGGUCACUGUACAGCAUUGUGUUCACGACACUGUUUACUCAAAGUGCUGUCUUGAUCCAUCGGCAAAAGCUAUCUGCGCAUGGGAUGGGGAUUUGACAUACUUUGAGCUGGAUCAGCUUGGAGAGCAGCUUGCUUUCUACCUGACCUCCAAUCUGAGUGUGACCCCGGAGACAAUGAUCGGCGUCUGUUUCGAUAAGUCGCGAUGGGCUAUCGUUGCGCAACUUGCCAUCUUGAAGUCAGGUGGCGCAAUUGUACCAAUCAACCCAAUGGAGCCAAUGCAGCGUUUAGAAACAAUCCUGCGUGAGAGUGGAAUCUGUACACUGCUCACAACAAGCUGUUACGGUGAUAGAUUUCUGGAAAUUAUCCCGAACGUCGUUGCUGUUGACUCGAAUUCGCCAUUCUUCCACGGCGCAAUGCCGACUGAGCGGGUGCACUCUACGGCCAAUCCAGACAACGCCGCUGUCGUCAUCCAUACCUCUGGUAGUACAGGCAAUCCCAAGGGUGUCGUGUUGACUCAUCGCUCGAUCGCUUCAAGUCUUGAGGCACAAGGGAAGAUAUUUGGUUUGAGUUCCCGAACCAGGACUCUUCAGUUUGUGUCUUACACCUUUGAUCUCAGCAUUGGCGACAUUUGGGGUACCCUGAGCCAUGGCGGAUGCGUGUGCGUCAUGUCAGAAGAUGACCGAAUGAACAACAUCCAAGGCGCCAUUCAGAUAUACGGUGCAACCCUCGUCAUCAUGACGCCCACGGUAGCAACCUUGCUCGACGUUUCCAAGCUGCCGUCUCUGGAGACACUGGUACUGGGUGGUGAAGCAUUGAAGCCAGCGUUUGUCGAGAAGCACCUCGAAGCGCGACAAAUCAAGAUAUUCAACGGCUAUGGUCCAUCGGAGUGUUCAAUGAUCACAACUUGCAAUGGCCCAAUUCAGCAUAAAAAUGAAGCCCCAAAAAUUGGGCGCCCACUGCUUGGAAGCGUCUGGCUCGUCGAUGACACGGACAAGAUCUGCCCCAUUGGUGCCGUCGGGGAAAUUUGGGUCGAAGGACCGCUGGUAGCCCGAGGCUAUCUCAAUAAGAAAGACUUGACAGACAAGGGGUUUCCUGUUGAUCCUCCCUGGGCUGCAAGCGCUGGCCUGCAGGGCAAACGAUUUUAUCGAACCGGAGACAUGGCGCGGCAGAAUGCCAAAGGCGAUCUCUUUUAUGUUGACCGAAAGGAUUGGCAAAUCAAGAUCCGCGGCAACCGAGUCGAGCUGAGCGAGAUUGAGCACGCCAUUAAAGAAAUUUUGAGCGGGUUACAGAAUGUUGCGGCAUGCUUGGUCUCAUCCAACCAACGCGGGCCACUUAUCGCUGCGGUCCUCGAACAAAACUGCGAUACACUCGGUCUGCAAGCCGACGUGGCUGGCUUCCACUUUGAGAGGCUUUCACCAGGGUUUCAAAAGGAGCUGGUUCUCCUGAAAAAGGCCCUUGCAGGUGUCCUGCCGUCGCACAUGAUACCGAAUCUCUAUGUUCCGACUACGCGGCUCCCAUUGACAGCCUCAGGCAAAGUCAAUCGACAAGCACUUCGCCAGUCCCUCGAAAGCUUUUCAGAACAGGAAGCUCUACACUACACUCUUGCGGAUGCUGCCAAGACUCUUCCGAGCUCGGAGACGGAAAAGACUGUUCGCGCACUUUGGGCGGCAGUUCUCCAGCAUGAACUAGAUCAAGUUGGCGUAGAAGACAAUUUCUUCCACCUGGGGGGCGACUCGUAUCUAGCAAUGCGUCUUGUUGCCUCGUCCCAGGCUGAUGAUUCGAGAGUUCAUUUUACCGUAUCUGAUGUGCUCCAGCAUCCGACCAUCAGGGAGUUGGCGCACGCUAUCGAUCAACGCUCGACACAUAGUCGAGCAUCAGACAGAGAAACGGCGCGCUUCUCCUUGUGGAAGGAAUAUCAAGAACUCAAUAAAAGCCAGGAAUCGGGCCAUGCAAAAGCUUUACUUGAUCAGAUAGCCGCUCAAUGCGAUGUGCCCAUUGACGAUGUCGAGGACAUUUACCCAUGCACACCACUGCAGGAGGGGCUCAUGGUGGUUACAGCCCAGCAGCCGCGCGCCUACAUUGCACGCUGGGCCUUCCAGAUGCCAGAUAAUAUCAAUCUCGAACGCUUCCAAGGUGCAUGGCAGACCCUCAGCCGAGCAGUGCCGAUUCUUCGGACGCGCAUCGUGCCAGGACGACUGUCAGGAGCAUUGCAAGUCGUCGUUCGAGGCGACUGCAAGUGGCACACGAGCCAUGACCUCGACCAAUAUCUGAGUGACGAUGUCGCACAAUCUAUGGCCUAUGGAACGUCUCUGAUUCGUUUGGCCUACAUCAAUCACAGCAACGGAUGCCGCGACUUUGUCUGGACUGCGCACCACAGCAUCUAUGAUGGAUGGAGCUUACCCAUGCUUCUUGAGGCUCUCUCGCGCAUAUACUUAUUUAACGAGGUUCCCGAGUCGUUUCCGCCCUAUUCCAACUUUAUCCAAUACAUACAAGCACAAGACUUAGCAGAAGCAACCGCGUUCUGGCGAUCGGAGCUGCAAGGAAACCUGGGCGAGCCUUUCCCAGCACUGCCCAAGCCAUCGUACCAGCCCGAACCAGCGAGAAUCAUUCGAUGUACUAUCAACGUGGAGUCUGUGAAUCGCUUGGUUACUUUGGCCUCGCUACUCCGCGCAGCAUGGGCGGCGACCGUUUCGUCACAUACUGGUGGGACGGCGCUGUUUGCGAUGCCGCUGUCGGGACGAAACGCACCGGUCAAGGGAAUACUGGACAUGAUGGCACCCACAGUCACCACAGUGCCCGUUCGGAUCCAGGUGGAUGAGAAGCAAGCAGUCCACGACUACCUGGCCGCAGUGCAACAGCAGGCUUCCAACAUGGUGCCUUUUGAACACUCUGGCCUUCAUCACGUUCGUUCCAUGGUGGGCCGAGACAUCAAUCCACAGCAUCUUUUCGCCAUCCAGUCUGCUCCGCCGGGUAAGGCGACAUUCGAAGAGCUGCUUGGUAUGAAAGAAUUGACUUUGCCUAUGGACGGGUUUGACAAUUACGCUCUCAUCGUUGAGUGCUUCAUUAAUUCACGAGAAGGGGCAUCGAUCGAGAUUCUGGCUCGGUUUGACGAUAACGUGCUUUCUCACACUCAAGUUCAACAUCUGCUCAGCCGCUUCAAGCAUAUAUUUGGGCAGUUGAGCCAAGUCUCUGCUGGAAAUAAUGACAAUACCUCCAGCAUGCUCAUGGGUGGUCUCGAAUACAUCAGCCCAGAGGAAGUGGCGCAGUUGGCCAUUUUGAAUCGCGAGGUUGCAGCGGAUGCACCGUGCCUUGUGCAUGACCUCGUACUCCGCUACUCUGCUACCACACCCGACCGCCCAGCCGUGUGUGCGUGGGAUGGCGAGAUGUCCUUUCAGCAGUUGGACCAACUGUCGGAGGCGCUGGCAAACCGUCUGGUCGAGCUGGGUGUGACAAUUGAAUCGCCAGUAAUGAUUUGCUGCGACAAGUCGAAAUGGGCUGUUGUUGGAAUUCUGGCCAUACUCAGAGCAGGCGGUACCGUGGUACCAGUUAGGGCCGCUCCCGUGGCACGUCUACAAGCCAUCAUGGAGGCUACCGGGUCGAGAGUGGUAGUCACCAUGUCUGAGUUCAUCUCUCAGCUUCAAGGGAUUGCUGAUCAUGUCGUGAGCAUGGACUCAGUGCCAGUCACGAAGCCUGAAAUACCCCAAGGGCCUGUCAAACAACAUCCAAGCACAAAAAGCGUGUCCUUCAUCAUGUUCACAUCGGGCUCCACCGGAUCUCCCAAGGGCAUUGUUCUUGAGCACGGCUCAAUGUCAAUCGCCAUUCAAUCUCACGUGAAGAGGUUCGGGGUUAACAGACAUACACGCGGGUUUCAAUUUGCUUCUUUUACCUUUGACAUGUCCCUCCAUGACAUCCUGACUCCUCUUGCCGGUGGUGGAUGUGUCUGUCUACCGUCUGAGGUGGAAAGAGUCAACAAUCUCGCCCAUGCCAUGCGAAGAUUUCGGGUCAACUACUCCAUGCUAACUCCAAGAGUCUUGCACACAAUCAAGCCGUCAGAAUGCCCGGAAAUACGCACCCUGCUGGUCGGCGGCGAGCGAUGUGACACCGAACAGCUCAAGUUGUGGCUGCCCCAAGCCAAAGUGUGGCAUGUCUACGGUCCUGUCGAGUGCUCCAUCAUAUCUACAGCUGCUGAAUUUACUGGAAGCGACACUUUAAGCCUUGGCCUCGCUCUCGUCGGUGCCGUUUGGGUCACAAACAAGGACAAUUGCAACCAACUGUGUCCUAUCGGUGCUGUUGGAGAAUUAUUGGUCGAAGGACCCCUCGUUGCUAGAGGCUACCUGAGAGAUGAAGCCAAAACGUCGGCAGUUUUUAUUGACUACCCACCUUGGCGGAAGCAGCAUGGACUAGCUCCCAACAGUCAGAGCCAACGCAUGUACCGAACCGGUGAUCUUGUAGUCCAACACGAAGACGGGUCCCUCAUCUUUGUUGGUAGAGCAGAUCAACAGUUGAAGAUACGAGGACAGAGAGUCGAGGUCGGAGAUAUUGAGCACCAUAUUGGACUACAACCAGAAGUUGAAGAUGGUGUCGUUCUCUACCCCCAAAAUGGACCCUGUCGCUCACAACUCAUCGGCCUCGUCACUCUUCACGAGCACAUGUCCGCUACAGACCUCUCAGAAGUUCAACCCUCCUCCGCCGAUGAUCUAGCAAAAGCCAUUACGCAGACCGAGAUUAUCCGCUCGCGGUUGUCUGACGUCUUGCCAGACUACAUGGUUCCCAAUGUCUGGAUCUCAAUGGCAUGCCUACCACAGAGUGCCCAUCACAAAGUCGACCGUCGAAAGCUGAUGGACUGGGUCCAGUCUCUGGAUGCAGAGUACUUCAGACGCAUUACUGGAGCAAAGCAGGAGGCACCUGAGAAACCAACGACCCGAACCGAGGAGCUGAUGCAAAGCGUCCUGGCCGACGUCCUGGGCCUCUCGCCGGAAGACGUCUCAAUGGGUCGUUCGUUUCUGAGUAUGGGAGGUGACUCGAUUACAUCCAUGCAAGUGGUAUCUCAAUGCCGGUCACGGUACGGACUAUCACUCCAUGUCCGUGAUAUCUUGCAAAGCAAGUCUAUCACCCAGCUCGCCCAGAGAGCCACGACAGAUGCCGCCAUUGCGCCACUGCUACCCGCAUCCGACGGCGAGUUCCGGCUUUCGCCCAUUCAAAGACUUUUCUUCCGAUCCUUUGCCGCGCGCGGUCUACAAUCCGAGGACGAGUUCCGGUUCAAUCAAAGCGUAUGCCUCACUGUCAACAAACACAUUGAUACAGAGCAGAUUAAGCACGCAGCGCGAGGUGUAGUCUCGGCCCACCCAAUGCUACGUGCCCGUUUCACAGUAUCUGGGAAGCGAUGGAGACAGAGAAUCGAGGACGACGUGGAUGCAUCAUGCCAUGUCGUCUUUCAUCAAGUCGAAAACCAGGCCGAGCUGGAAGAUGUUAUUUGGGCUGGACAGCGCAGCCUGAGUGUUGAGCAAGGCCGAGUUUUCUCGGUACACUGUAUAGAGACUACUACGACUGGCAGUCAACUGUUGUUCCUGGUGGCGCAUCACCUGGUGGUCGACAUUGUCUCUUGGCAAAUCAUUCUUCGCGAUCUGGAUAAUUUGAUCCAACACCCCAAACUCACUGCUCCUGUUGAGUCCACCACUUUUCAGCACUGGUUGCAACUCCAAGCUAGUCGGGCUCAGAACGUGGGCUCACCUCACCAACUCGUACACGCCCAAAUGCCAAUCGCGGAUUGGAGCUAUUGGGGUGUGACUCCGGAAAACAACACGUACGGUCAUCGCAUCAAUGAGCAGUUCAUUCUCGAGGAUUGCGCAUCCGUCUUGUUCGGCGACAAGCAACCAUUGAGAAGUGAGCCUGUGGAAGUUCUCUUGGCGGCCUUGUUCCAUUCCUUCCAUCAAAUCUUUCCGGAUCGUGCUGUCCCUACCGUCUUCAACGAAGGUCAUGGGCGCGAGCCCUGGAGUGACGCGAUAGACCUUUCCAACACUGUUGGUUGGUUCACUACAAUGACUCCCAUCCACGUACCGGUCGGCACAAGCGAUGUUGUUGAUGUACUGAAGAGAACCAAGGACUUGCGAAGGAGCAUCCCUGAGCGCGGUUUCGCCUACUUCACGUCGAGAUUUUUGACGCGCGACGGCCAGCAUGCAUUCGCCUCACAUGACCAACCCGAAGUCAUGUUCAAUUUUGGAGGGCGUUAUCGUGACGACAAGCACUCACGGAGUCUAUUCCGUAUGAGUAAUGAGUUCAACAGUUCCCACAUUUCAGGAAUCGGUAACAAUGUUAAACGAAUCGCAGUGUUUGAGGUGGAAGCGUCGAUCCAACAGGAGAACUUGGCUGUUACAUUGGGCUUCAGCAAGAAUAUGCAGAACCCCGAGCGCAUCACCCGCUGGAUACAGGCUUAUCAGGACAGUCUCAAGACCCUUCUUUGCCAGUUGUCUACUUUGCCAACCUUUCUUAGCUUGGCUGAUGUUCCGUUACUCAACAUCACGUAUGACGACUUGGACCGACUUCAAAGUGAGCGUCUUCCGCUUGUUGGCAUCAACGAUAUAGAUUGCAUCGAGGAUAUUUAUCCUUGCUCGCCAGCUCAAGAGAGUAUCCUGAGGAGCCAAGCCAGGGACUCGUCCACGUUCCACGUGCGGUCGGCAUGCGAAUUCCGGGCGCGCGAGGCCGUCGUGAACCCCGAGGCCUUGAUACGCGCCUGGCAAACGGUGGUCGCUCGACAUGCUAUUUUGAGAACUGUAUGUGUGCCGCCAACUUGUGACGGAGAAUCCUUCUACCAAGCCGUUUUGAAGCAAUACGAGCCGCAGGUCUCGACGGUUCGCUGCGAGACAGCCGAGGACGUAGACGAAGCUUUCAAAGACGAGGGCGGACUCAGAUACCCGAAGUGGAAGCCAGAGCACCAGUUGACUCUAUGUCUAACUUCAACUGGUCAAGUAUUUUUCCGACUACUCAUCAACCAUACGCUUGUGGACGUAUCAUCGCUUCAGCUGAUUAUGAAUGAGGUUACACUGGCUUACGAAGACGGCAUUUUGGACACGGCUGCUCCAUCCUUCAGCAAAUACAUUGCGUUCUUACAAGAGUCAUCAGUGUCCGAGUCUAUGAAAUACUGGACUUCGCGACUUGCUGGAGCACAGCCUCACUGUUUGCCAGUAUCGGCCACAGUCGGCGACGGCCAAUCACGCGACAAUGCGCACCUCGAAAUGAGCAAUUUGGAACCUCUUUGGCGUUUCCGGGAUAGAUAUGGCAUCACAAUUGCAAACAUUCUGCAGCUAGCGUGGGCCUUUGUCCUUGCCAAGCACUCGGGGUCGAGAGAUGUCGUUUUCGGCUACGUGGCCAACGGGCGCGAUGCCCCCGUGGACGGCGUCUCGCACAUGGCCGGUCCUCUCAUCAACGUGAUGGUCUCGCGCAUCUGGCUCGGCGACAAGCAGCGCAGCGUUGCCAAGACAGCUGAGCAGGUGCAGAAUGACUUUAUGGAAGCGUUCAGGUACCAGCGAGUAUCGCUGGCCGACAUUGAGCAGGUGACGGGGCUGUCGGAGCGGCAGAUGCUGCACACGGUGGUGUCGAUUGUGCGCGACCCGGGGAGCCGUCGGAGCAGCGAUGCGGGUGUCUCUGUGCACGGUCAGUCGGCGACGAGCUUGGCCGAGUACGAUGUGAGCCUGAAUGCGGCCUGCGGAGAAGAUGCAAUCAAGCUGUCCCUCGAGUAUUCGUCCCGGUAUCCGGGCAGCGUUUCGGCAAAGGGUUUACUGGACAAUCUCCAGAAAGCAGUGUUGGAUUUGGCGGAAAAUGGCGAGGCUUCGAUUGAAGAGAUGGGGUUAAGGUGUUAG